ACGCGGGCCGUCUAGAACUUAAAGGGGCAGCGUACCUUUGCCGUCCCGUUCCACAACAAGGUCCCUUCUGCGGUCUCAAAGGCUUAUGAGCAAGGGCGGGGGCAGAGGGCUAAAGAAGGGAAUUUAUGCGGCCCGAGUGGGUAAUGCGUGGAGGACUGCCCCAACUCGUCUCUCAGGGAAAAGGGGGUUCAGAAAGGGAGAGAGUUCUUCCCCCUCUCCUGCCUGGGUGUCGCUCCACCAGCCUCCGGGCCGUCGCGCCCCCUCCUCGCCGCGCCACCCCCGGGUGUGCCUUCUUCCCUCCGUCUCACACAGCCCCUUUCCUGUCGGCAAAGACAGGAACGGGGAGGGCGGGCCCUCUGACACCGGAACUGGAGCCGUGUGGCGUCCGGUUUCAGCAGGGAAGGCUUAGGCGGCCGUCCCAGCCUCCGGGCUUCCGGUCCCGUUUCCAGGUUCGCUCGGCCACGGUCGCUAUGGAGGAACCGGAGAUGCAGCUCAAGGGGAAGAAAGUCACGGACAAGUUCACUGAGAGCGUCUACGUCCUGGCCAACGAGCCGUCUGUGGCCCUGUACCGGCUGCAGGAGCAUGUACGUCGCUCCCUCCCUGAGCUGGCCCAGCACAAGGCAGACAUGCAGCGUUGGGAGGAGCAGAGCCAGGGAGCCAUCUACACUGUGGAGUACGCCUGCAGCGCCGUGAAGAACCUGGUGGACAGCAGCGUCUACUUCCGCAGUGUGGAGGGUCUGCUCAAACAGGCCAUCAGCAUCCGGGACCAUAUGAAUGCCAGUGCCCAGGGCCACAGCCCGGAGGAACCACCCCCGCCCUCCUCAGCCUGAUCCUGGAAGAGACUCGGGGCCCCCCAGCCUCCGCCAACCCAGCCUGACCGAAGCUGGGCCAGGCAGAGACUGAAGACUGAACGAGUGUGGCCAGCAUUCCUCCUGCACCUGCCCGGAGCCGCCA